AUGGAGGUGCUGGGCUGGCUGUCCCUGCUCGCCGCAGCCACCAGCAGUGCCACAGGUGACUCACGGGUGACCGACGUAACCCCAGCCCCGUAUGCCAGCUUGCCCCGUGUCCUUGAGUCACCACCCCCAGCCUUGUGGCAGGCGGUCCCCGUGCGUCACCGGCCCUCAAGCCCCUUCGCUGUGACACUCGCCCCGGCACGUGGCAAGCGGCCAGCAGCACCCCGAGGACGCCGCCACCAGAAAACCCCAAAAAACACCCGGCCAGGAGUGAUCUUCGGUGACCCCGACGGCGCCAUCCUCUGCCCUAAGCUGUGCCAUCAGCUGGGGCUGCAGAGCACUGGGCUGCAGCUCUACCAUGGCAUCAAGGCUGCCCUCAACUACUGGAGCGCCAAGGCCCUGUGGGGCAAGCUGGAUAAGAAAGCUGGCCACAAGGACUACGACCAGGGCACAGCCUGUGCCAGCACCAAGUGCCUGGUGGUGGGGGCCGGUCCCUGCGGGCUGCGGGUGGCCAUCGAACUGGCGCUGCUGGGCGCUCGCGUGGUGCUGCUGGAGAAGCGCGACUCCUUCUCCCGCAACAACGUCCUGCACCUCUGGCCCUUCACCAUCCAUGACCUGCGGGCGCUGGGCGCCAAGAAACGCCUCUCCCUGCCCGCAGGGUUCAAGCGGAAGGAGACGCGGGGGAAGCUGGCCAUCGGCAUCACCACCAACUUCAUCAACCGCCACAGCCGGGCCGAGGUGGAGGUGGCUGAGAUCAGCGGCGUAGCCCGAAUCUACAACCAGAAGUUCUUCCAAAACCUUUACAACAAAACAGGCAUCGACCUGGAAAACAUCGUCUACUACAAGGACGACACUCACUAUUUCGUCAUGACGGCCAAGAAGCAGAGCCUGCUCAAGAAAGGGGUCAUCCUGCAGGACAAGGCAGACAUCGAGAGCCUCCUGUCCCCAGAGAACGUGAACCGGGAUGCCCUUCUCAGCUACGCCAAAGAAGCUGCCAACUUCUCCACCAACUACCGCCUGCCCGAGCUGGAGUUUGCCCUCAACCACCGGGACCUGCCAGACGUCGACAUGUUCGACUUCACCUGCAUGACGCGCUCGGAGAACGCGGCGCUGGUGCGGGAGCACAACGGGACCCGUCUGCUCCUCGGGCUGGUGGGCGACUGCUUGGUGGAGGCGGAGGAGGUCAGCAAGAAGCCGCUGUCUCCCCACGGCGCCCGAGGGGCCAUCCUCUUCCUCAGCAAGCUGCAGAAAAGGCGGAACCUGAACCACAAGCGUGCCCAGGACAGCGCCCAGAAGGAUGCUGAGGUCAAGAGGAGCCACGGGGAUGCUGAGCCCCCACCAGUAGCCCCCCGGUCAGGGGAAGAGCCUGAGGCAGCAGAGGAUGCUGAGGAUGCUGGUGAUGUGGAGGAGCGUGGUGACGUGGAGGAGCGUGGUGACGUGGAGGAGCGUGGUGACAUGGAGGAGCAUGGUGACAUGGAGGAGAGUGGUGGCAUGGAGAAGCAUGGUGACGUGGAGAAGCAUGGUGAUGUGGAGGAGCAGGAGGUGCCGGCACAGCCUGGGGACCAUGCGAAGGAGGAGGACGGUGCUGGACCGGAGCCCCGAGGGGUGGCGGUGGAGGGUGAGGAGAGUGGGGGCAGGAGAAAGAUCGUCCUCACACCCCUGGAGAAGCUCAAGCUGUCCACGCUGACCCUCACCAGCGAAGCAGAGCCCGAGCCGCCGCCGAAGCCGGCUCGUCUGCGGCUCCGAGCGGCGCCUGAGGCCCUCCCUGCCCUGUGGCGGGAACACAGCGCCUGGGAGGAGGAGGAGGAGGAAAUGGCCAUGGAGGAAGCUUUGGAGGAGAGUGACAGCGAGGAAGAGAAGGAGGAGGAGGAGGAUGAAGGCACAGACUUUGGCAUCAUGGCAGAGUUGUGUCUGAACCUGGGGGAAGAGGAGAAAUCCCCCACCUGGAAGCGCACGCUGACCCGCCGGGCCAGGGAAGCCCAGAUGAAUCGGUUCUGCAAAGCCCAGACCAUCCAGAGGCGGCUGGAGGAGAUUGAGGUGACGUUCCGGGAGCUGGAGCAGCAGGGCAUCAAGCUGGAGAAGUUACUCCGGGAUGAGGACGGCGCCUCGACCGACCAGAAGACGCAGUGGAUGAACCAACUGCUCUACCUGGUCCAGAAGAAGAACAGCCUGAUGACCGAGGAGUCGGACCUCAUGAUCGCGGUGCAGGAGCUGAAGCUGGAGGAGCAGCAGUGGUACCUUGACCAGAAGCUCCGGUGCUACCUGAGCAAGGAGGAAUCCCUGAAGACGCCCGAGCAUCGCAUGGCCGAGCAGGAGAUCCUGGCGCAGCUGGUGGACGUGGUGAACAAGCGCAAUGUCCUCAUCCACAUGCAAGAGGAGAAGCGGCUCAGCGAGCUGCAGGCCUGA